CGUCUAAACAACAUGCGCCAAGUUCAUAUCACUACUACAUCUUCAUCCAUCAUCUUCCAUAGAAAGGGAGAGAGAGAGAGACGAGAAAAAAACGAAAUGGGCAAAUCCAAGAAGCUCUUCUUCACCAUUCAGCUCGCCCUUUUGCUGUUCCUCUUCGCACCUCGAGCAUCGCUCUCGCUAUCGUCGCCGUCCCCGGACGCGGCAUCGAGCCUGUACCGAGAGUACAUUGGGGCCGAGUUCAAGGGCGUCCGGUUCUCCGACGUCCCGAUCCACCCGGGCGUGGAGUUCCACUUCAUCCUCUCCUUCGCCAUCGACUACGACUCCUCCUCCUCCUCACCGUCCCCGACCAACGGCCGCUUCAACAUCUUCUGGGACACCAACAACCUCACCCCCGCCCAGGUCGCCUCCGUCAAGUCCGGCAACGCCAAGGUCAAGGUCGCCGUGAGCCUUGGAGGUGCCAGCGUCGGGGGCGGCAGCACCGUCUACUUCUCGCCCUCCAACCCCGACUCCUGGGUCUCCAACGCCGUCUCCUCGCUCACCGCGAUCAUCAAGCAGUACCACCUCGACGGCAUCGACAUCGACUACGAGAGCUUCAAAGCCGACCCCAACACCUUCGCCGAGUGCAUCGGGCGGCUGAUAAGCACCCUCAAGAGCCGCGGCGUCAUCUCCUUCGCGUCCAUCGCCCCGUUCGCAGACAACGUGGUCCAGAACCAUUACCUGGCGCUGUGGAGUAGGUACGGCCACCUCAUCGACUACGUGAACUUCCAGUUCUACGCGUACGCCAAGGGGACGAGCGUCUCCCAGUUCAUCGGCUACUUCAACGAGCAGAGCCAGAACUACGGGGGAGGGAAGGUCCUGGUGAGCUUCAUCAGCGACGGGAGCGGCGGGCUGUCGCCGGCGGACGGGUUCUUCACGGCGUGCGGGAGGCUGAAGAGUGAGGGGAAGCUGCACGGGAUCUUCGCGUGGUGCGCCGACGACUCCAAGGCCGAGGGCUUCAAGUACGAGAAGCAGUCGCAGGCGUUGCUCGCCAUUUCCCACUAGAGUUACUACGGGGUCCGGUGGCUGUCCGUGUGCUUUUGUGCAUGUGAUUUUGUUGCAUGCUGUACUAUUAGUACGUGUUGCCGUGGUUUGA